UAUGGAUAAAAGAUAUAUGUAUUUAUAUCGUUGUGCAAAACGACGUACUACAUCAUGUAGAGCUGUGCUAAUUCAAGAAAAUGAAACAUUUAUCUUAGAAAGCAGUCAUAAUCAUUCCAGUGAGCCUUAUGUAUUUGAUAUUUUAAAUCUAAAAACUGAAAUGAUUCGAAUAUGUAAAGAGACAGCUACAUCAAAGAAAGAGAUAUUUGACAGUGUUUGUCGAAAAAAUCCAAAAGCAGCAACUUACCUAUCGUAUAAUUCUAUGAUAAAUAUAUUGUCAAAAGAAAGACUUAAAAUGCGCCCUCCAUUACCUGCAAAUGUGUGUGACCUUGACUCUUUACUUCAAGACUAUAAAGCUGUACAAUCUAUUUAUAAAGGCUGUGUUAUUUCUGAAGAUAAUAAAUAUUCCUAUAUAUUUACUAGCAAUAAGCUUCUAAAAAUAUUGGAGAACAGUUCUGAAAUUUUUAUAGAUGGUACAUUUUCUGUUGUACCCAGAGUACCAAAUUUUGCACAGUUGUUCUCAGUUCAUGUGCGUUAUAUGAAUAAGGGUAUUGCAGUAUUAUUUAUCUUGUGUGAAGCAAGAACACAAUUAGUUUACAAAUCCAUAUGGAAAAAAGUUAUCCAAUUAGCUCCUGAUCUACAAUCUAAUUUGCGCUUUAUAAUGUGUGAUUAUGAAAGAGCGUCGAUGAAUGCUGUCCACGAACAAUUUCCUCAUGCAUCUCUACGAGGCUGCUGGUUUCACUACUAUCAGGCUGUUCUGAAAAAAUGGAAACGAUUAGGGCUUUUGAAAGCUCCACAUAAAAUAGUAUCAAUGGCAAUGACAUUAGCAUUGGCACCACCAGAAAUGUUUUCCGAAGGUUUAAAUCUCAUGCAAAUAAUUGCUGAUGAAGAAUAUGAUAAUUAUCCUAAUGCAAUGCUUUUGAUGAAAUACAUGAGAAGCACAUGGCUCCCAAUAUCGAAAAAAAUAAGUGUACAUGGAUGUCCAGUUAGAACCAACAAUCUUGUUCAAUCAUUUCAUAAUAUUAUGUCGCAAAAGAUGCAAACGGCUUAUCCAAAUCUUUGGAUAUUUUUAGAUAACGUCUCGAAACUAAUUAUUAUGGAUCAAGAAAUCAAUUAUGAUCGUUUAGUAAGUGGUCUACAAGUUACAAGAAAUCGCUGUCGGUUCGACAAAUAUAAAAGUGCAAAAAUACUAGAAGCUGAAAGUUAUUUAUCUACUGGUAUCUACUCGUUAAGAGAAUUUUUACAGGUAUUUAAUGAGGAUGCCGGACGUCAGCAAUACAAUAUGACACUGUCAAUAGAUGAUAAUGACGAUGAAAUUUGUGCAGAUUUACAUACAGAAGGGGCUAUAAAAACCGUUAAUCAUGUUGAUAUUACACAAGGAAAUAUUCUACGUCGGCGACGGAAACGAAGACGGAGGUAUACUAAUAAUCCCAAUGAACCUCAAG